AUGCGAAGCCUACAUAAUUCAAAGAAUACUACAGUGCCGUCGCCUAGGAGGAAGGAAAUUGAGAGGGAAAGUAAACAACAACUGCGGCAAGAAGCUGGGGAGGAGGAGGAGGAGGACGCGGUCCUUCUUUGGGAGAAUGAUAAAUGGGUAGUACCCAGACAGCUGCAGGAUUCAGAAAUCCAGAAUGGGGACGUUCAACUAUUCGUCGAUGAGAUGCUAAGAAGGAAUGAUGCAUAUAUGGGGAUAAAUAGAAAGCGCAAGGCUUCUAUAAGCUCUGAGGGUAUUCAACUCAUGAUCAGUGAUAUCCCAGAAACCCCCUCGAGGCUAGGAGGGUGCAUCGUAAAUCAAACGAGCGAUGAUAGUUCGGAUUCAAGCGAAGGAGCGAGCUCGCCCCCAGAAAGCAUAAUCAGUUUUGACUCAAAUACAACAAUCUCAUCGCCAAUAUUUGGUAAAGGGCCCAUGUUCCGGGACCAAGCAAUUAUAAAUUCCCUGCCAGAGUUCGUAACGAGGUUUUCGCCAAAAUUAAUGGAUGAAAUAUCAUUACCAAUGUCAGGCUGGAACCCAACAACCAUGACCUUAGCCCCUCCGCGACCACCAACUUUAGAUAACCCUACGAAUCAAGAGCUCUUGGCCAUUUACAUGAAGCUCUCGGCGAAAAGACUAGCAGAUACUUCACCCUCUUAUAUUGACCUAUUCCGGAAGUAUAUACCAGCUAUGGCUCAUGAUUCUCCAGCCUUGAUGGAAGGGAUUUUGGCCUUAGCAGCCUUGCAAACUGGAUUAAUGAAGAAGGAUUUACGAAUGAUAACCGUGGAUGCUGCAUCACAUUAUCAGAAAUCUCUCAAGCAACAUUUCAGGGCUGUAUCGGAUCCUGAUUUUCGGAAUAAAGACACAGAUUCGUUAUUGGCAACGAGUAUCAUUCUAAGUCAUUACGAAAUAUGGAACGGAGAAAACGUAAAAAUGGGCGUCCACAUGUUGGGAGGUAGGGACAUUAUAGUUGCUAGAGGCAAAGCAGCACAUAUGACCCCAGUUGGCAGAGCUCUCUAUGCAGCUUUUAAAAGAGCGGAUAUUGCAACCUCAAGCGUUUCUGGAAACCCGACUUUUAUGACAAGUGAUUGGUGGACCGUAGACCCGUUUACGCGUGUACCCAUUACCCAUGACUCGCCAAUACUUCUCGCAGCAGAUGCAGCAUUAUCCAAGCUUUGUGUGAUUUGCUGCAGACUCACAUAUCUCAAGGCCUGGGCACUAAAGCGAAGAAGAGACCUUUGGAUGAAAUACGGUGGAAAUAUCUCCAGUGAGCAGAAAUCACGCCUGCAAGAUAUCAUUGAGUCUCGAGUAUCCAAGUUGGAUCAGGAACUAGAUGCUUGGUAUGCGGAGGUCCCCUAUUGGUUCAAGGCGCUUGAUGAUGAUCCAGCAACCGGUGAAAAUGGGGAAGAGGAAGACAUAAACGACACGGAUAUUGCUUCAAUUACCCCCAGAAGAUACCCACAUAUCUGUGUUGGACUGGUGCUUGGCUGGGCAAUCGGUGUUCGUGUUCAACUUUUCCGCAUACGGUAUCCAGAAAUGCCUGUUGUCCCACCACAUAUCGGGUCUCUUUGUCAUGCUGCCCUUAGGAUAUUUGCAUUUUUGCCAAAUUCUACUGAUGCGUCUAUAGUCGUACCGGUGUUUGUUGUGGGGAUGGAACUUCGGCAGCGGAGUCACCAAGAAUGGCUAUCGACAGUACUAAAAGAUCGGUUUGAAGAGACUGGAUUUCACGCUAUGAGUUUUAAUCAAGGAAGGCGCAGCUUCAAAGUAAUCACCCAUCAGAAAGGGAUUUCGGUCAUUCAAGCUAACAAAACCGGCAUCUUCAGGAUUGAUGGUGUUUCUGAAAAUCUCUGGGCUGCAGAGGGGAUGUUAGCGUCUCUCGAAAAACUAUCGUUAUACGAUUCGGCUGAAGUUUCGGUAAAGAUGAAGGUCUUCGAGGGGGAUAUCGACGUUAGUGGAUUACCAGAAGACAUAAUCCCUUAUGAAGCAACGCCUGAGCCUCCAGCCUCGUCCCAUAAACCUACAAAGGGGAAGCCACCAUUUUCGCUCUCCCAAACUACCACCUCAUCUUCUUCGAAGCGCUUCAAAUCAGAAUCACCUGAAGUGUCUAGUCAAGUCUCGGUCAAUCUUCGAGCUACCUCCAUGUAG